AUUGUGUUUGAUUUCCAGUGUCACAAAAACUACGUCCCUGUGUGCGGCUCAAACGGAGACACCUACCAGAACGAGUGCUACAGGCGACAGGCGUCCUGCAAACAGCAGAGACUCAUCUCCCGGGUGUCCGACGGGCCCUGCUCCACCGAUCCCGGUUCUGGUUCAGGAGACGGAGACGACGACGAGGGCUCGGGCUCAGACGUCGGGAAGAAGUUCACCAAGUGCAGCACAUGCAAAUACGGAGCGGAGUGUGACGAAGACUCGGAGGACGUCUGGUGCAUAUGUAACAUCGACUGCAGCGGUCACAAUGAAAACCCGGUGUGCGCCACUGACGGAAACUCCUACAACAACCCCUGCCUGGUCCGAGAGGCCUCGUGCAUGAAGCAGGAGCAGAUCGAUGUCAAACACCUGGGCAGGUGCCCCGCUGAUAAAGAAAAACAGGGCAAGAAAGACGACGGCAGCCCUUUCAAAGGAAACGUCCUCGACACCAGGAUUGUGGAUCACGGAGAAGGUUUCUACCCGGGAAUGUCGAUCCCGUGUGCCGACAGCUUCUCCGGCUUCUGCGUUCACGGGAAAUGUGAGAUCAACAAGUACAACAUGGCCACCUGCAGAUGUGACGCAGGAUACAAAGGUCCUCAGUGUGACGAGCCUCAGGACUUCAACAUCCUCUACGUGGUCCCCAGUGGACAGAAGCUGCACUACGUCCUGAUCGCCGCCAUCAUCGGUGCUGUGCAGAUCGCCAUCAUUGUUGCCGUAGUGAUGUGUAUCACAAGGAAAUGCCCGAAGAACAACAGGGGUCGCCGGCAAAAACAAAAUCUGGGACACUUUUCCUCGGACACUAACAACAGGAUGGUAUAGCCGUGUCUGCCGGAGGUCUUUUUUGAUAAUUGUUUUCUUACGGCGCGGGAAUAUACCAUUUUUUAACAGUAGGUGUAGUGAGUUUUCCUUUUCUCCUAGGAAACUGUUAAAAGAAGAAUAUUUAUUUCAGGGGCCUUAUUUUCCCUCCUUUUAAUUUUGGAUGGCAUCUGUGCGCAUCAAAUUUUUUCUUUUCUUUUUUUCCUCCAAUGCCGCAAAUAGUUCAAGGAGCCGAUUCAACACAACCCGCUGUCACUUUGCAUCGCCGCCACGUCCGCCGUCUCAGUUUUCCUGCUACGAGGUUUUGUUGAAUGCUUUGCGGUAUCUUUGUCGAGCCGGCUGACAGAGUCACAUCUGCCCCUCUGGAAUGUGCUAUUUAUUGAAAAGUUUGAUUUCUUUGCCCCUUUGUUUUCUGCUUUUUACUAAUAACGUGCAGCUGAUUACCAAAUGCAGUGUUUUUUGUUUCCGUCCUUUUUUGUAGAGGCGAGAGGGGCCAGCUGGUACCAUAGAUAUGUUUACACUCACCCUUCGGUCCAUGUAAAGACUUCACUGUGUUCAAACAAGCUAAUAAUUUAUUCUUACCAUGACGGAUUCUUUUCUUGAAAGUAGCUUUUACUGGAAGUUUUUAUGUUAACUUCGAAAUUGUAGUUUAUGUAUAUUAGCAUGACUUGUGAUAACUGUGUACUGUGGUGUAGUUUUAACUUUUUAAAAGGAAAAGUUGUCAGCCUCGAUGCCUCCUCCGCCUCCUCCUUCGAUGGCACGAUUAAAAGUUGGACUGACGAAUGGAGGACGAAGCCGUUAGUUGGGGUUGGUUUGGGGGGUUUUCCCUGAAAAGGAAUGUGCAUUGUCUGGAAAUCAAAUGUUGGCUUUAUGAAGACAAGCAAACACACAACGAGCAUUUCUGCCGUCGUUAAUGAAAGGAAAGUAAAACCAGUAAAGCCAUGAACACAUGAAUGCUGUACGGAAGAUUGUAAAGGAAGGGCUGGACUUCAAAUCGACGUCGACGUGCUGACUGUAAUUUCCACGGAAGAAGUCUUGGUGGCUUCGAUCAAGGAUUUUCUCUGGAUGUGAGGGAAUAAUUUUGUUUUCUGGUUUGUGUUUCCCCUCAGCAAAACAUUCCAAGCACAGACGAUCCCACGAGAAAAAAUAACAGUAAUAAUACAGCGUUCUGUUCUCUGGUAUGAACAUGUGCGUCUCAUGGCGUCAUUUGGCCUUACGUUAUUCACACAAACACAGUCAACUUUCGGCGUAUAAGGAGGAAAAAUCUGAUCAGUAUCGUAAUCCUAAUAAAUAAUCCAAGCCUCCUCUUUUUGUUCUGUUUCGAUGUUUUGAUUAUUUUUGUAAUGGACGUUUCACCUGUUUGACUUCCAUACGGCAGCAUCGUCUAGUUUCUGAGAGCGUGCUCGUGGCUAAAACAGCCCCGAGCGGGUCGCCAGCACGCCGGUUAAUGUUAAAGCUUUGCCCGUCUGCUAGAGUCCGAGUGACGUAAACGUCAUCUCGUGGACGUGCCUGCAAGUUUCUGUGAGAGUUUCCGAUGCACCAACUACGUUUGCACACCAGGUGGUGGAAAUGCAGAAAACUGACUGGACUGACGAGUCGGCCGCGCCGUCUCCGGCUGUGCGAGUCCACAACAGACUGUAAUCAAGGCUU